UAGACGCCGCGGCCGGGGUGCGCGGAGCCGCUCGCUCCGGGCUCUAGGGGGAGACAGGGCGAGCCGCCCGCUCGCCCGCCGCGGGGAGAGCGCGGACACCCCCCGGCCAUGGACAGCGAUGAGGACACGCUGGAGGAGACCGUGGAAGGGCUUCUGGAUGAUGAUGGGUUGCCACAUGGGUUCUGUACAGUCACCUAUUCAUCCACAGACAGAUUUGAGGGAAACUUCGUGCAUGGAGAAAAGAACGGCCGUGGCAAGUUCUUCUUUUUUGAUGGAAGCACGCUGGAAGGGUAUUAUGUCGAUGAUGCUCUCCAAGGCCAGGGACUCUACACAUACGAGGAUGGAGGGGUUCUUCAUGGCACACAUGUGGAUGGAGAACUUAAUGGACCUGCCCAGGAAUAUGACAUUGAUGGACGACUGAUAUUCAAAGGGCAGUACAAAGAUAAUAUUCGACAUAGCGUGUGUUGGAUAUAUUACCCGGAUGGAGGCAGCCUUGUAGGAGAAGUGAAUGAAGAAGGGGAGAUGACAGGGGAAAAAAUAGCCUAUGUGUAUCCUGAUGAGAAGACCGCAUAUUAUGGAAGGUUCAUAGAUGGAGAAAUGAUAGAAGCAAAACUGGCAACUCUUACAUCUGUAGAGGAGGGAAAGCCACACUUUGAACUGGUACCAGGCAGCCCAGUAUACAGUUUUGAUAAAUCUACUUCAUCUUGCAUUUCUACAAAUGCACUUCUUCCUGAUCCUUACGAGUCAGAGAGGGUAUAUGUUGAUGCAUCUCUCAUUUCCAAUGCUGGCGAAGGAUUAUUUUCUAAAAUAGCAGCAGGAUCGCGCACGGUUAUGUCCUUUUACAAUGGAGUGCGAAUUACACACCAGGAGGUGGACAGCAGAGACUGGGCCCUCAAUGAAAACACAAUAGCCCUGGAUGAUGAAACAGUCAUAGAUGUGCCGGAGCCUUACAACCAUGCCACCAAGUAUUGUGCCUCGCUGGGGCAUAAGGCCAACCACUCCUUCACUCCUAAUUGCAUCUAUGACCCGUUUGUUCAUCCUCGUUUUGGGCCAGUCAAGUGUAUACGCACCAUCAGGGCUGUGGAGAAGGAUGAAGAACUAACAGUGGCUUAUGGAUAUGAUCACAAUCCCAUCGGGCAGAAUGGGCCAGAAGCACCAGAAUGGUACCAGGUGGAACUGAAAGCCUUCCAGGCUGCCCAGCAGAAGUGAAAUGCAGGCAAAUGCUCAGUUCAGCAAACUGAAAUGGAAACUUUGAUCUAUGCACUACCUUUAUACUAAAAACUGGACAACCAGGGAUUUGUUCAUGCUGUUGCAUCAUAACCUUUCAUUCAGUGUUAGAAAUAAGUUUCUUGCAUACUAACUAGGUUUGACUGCGUUAUUCAUAGCAGAUUUAAAAUUAGCUAGUGUUGCACCAGUCUUAUCUGAAAGAAUUAUUAAAUAUUCUAUACAAGGCAGAGUGAUAUUUUUAGUAGCUUUUAUCUAAUUCUGCACCAUAUGCAAAGAUGCCAAAAGAUUACACAGAAAAUGAAAAGAUCAUUCACUUUUAAUCAGCAGACUUCAGUGUUACUAUUUCUACGGCCUAGGCAUUACUGUGCAGCUGUAUUUUACAUACAUACCAUUUGUGAUGAUAAUAUUUUGAUAUUCUCUAAUAGUAGUGUAAUUUGCCUUUUUAAACCUUUGAUCUUAAUCUUGCAAUAGAGCAGUUUAUUUAUUGGUGUAUAGGAGGCUGGGUUUUUAAUUCCUUCGUCCUCUUAUCUGAGCGUUGUUCUUUCUACAAAUCCUCUCUUGCAGGAGAAAACCUUUCUAACAAGUGAAAAAGGUUUGUGUACUUGAGAGAGAGUGCCGUGUAUAGAUCUUUGUGGCAUUUUAUAUAAAUAGUUUUAGUGAUGUUCAUGUCCAAAACAAAAACUUGUUUGGCCUUUGGGGCUGGGAUACACUGUUUAAUUAUGAUUAUCGCACAUGAAUUAACAUGUAUUUGCAUGAAGAUGUUCAUAGAGGAGAAAGUGGAGUUUAACUUUAUUAUUUUUAAGAUUGACAUUGAGGAACGGGUGCUGGAAUUGUUUGUUUUGUAUAGUGAGGGUGCUGAGAGCCAUCGAACCAAACUAAACCAUCUAUAUGACGGAAACCACUUCAAGCCAGGGGGUGCAGGAGACCCCCAGCACCCUUACUUCCAGCACCUAUGUUCGGGGGGAGCGUUGGAUGGUGUCUGGGGGAUUUCUUUCUGUCUCACUUACCAGAGCUACUAAUUCUUAAGGCUGAAUUCUGCCUUUGAAAGCAUAUUUCUCUUUUGAAGUCAGUAAAAGUGUAUGCAACCGCAGGCAGAAGGUAGUCCUGAAUUAGUAUAGAGCAGGGGUGGGCAAACUUUUUGGCCUGAGGGCCGCAUCGGGUUUCAGAAAUUGUAUGGAGGGCCAGUUAGGGGAGGCUGUGCCUCCCCAAACAGCCAGGCGUGGCCCGGCCCCUGCCCCUUAUCUGACCCUGCCCCUGCUUCUUGUCC